GGAGGGAUUCACCUGCGAUAAUAUUGAGGAGAUGGAUAUUAGAGUUGAAUUAGUCCGGUGGUUUUUGUUUUUGUUUUACUCGCUGUUGUAACGUUUGUUGUUGUUUUUGUUGUUGUUUACGAAGAGCAGAGAUGCGGAACAACGCUGAGUUCCACGGUCACCGAGAAGACUUAACAACACGACCUGUCUGCCAAAAAUCAGCUCUUUAAAAACAAAAUUUCCUUCAUCAGCCUGCAGUUUACCCAGAUCCACAAUGAACAGAACCAAAAUGAAGACGAACAAAGCACCUGCAGGGAAAUCUGGAGGCCAGCAGAGCAUUUCUUCGUUCUUUGUCUCCCGAAACCAAAAGGCUUCAAUAUCUUCAACAAAAGUGACCAUCGCAAGCGACGUUCUCACCAAGUCUGAGGUUUGGAUCAAAGGUGGUGAGAAACUAAACUCCCCAUCAAAGAGGAGCGUCCUCGGUGAUCUUGAGAACCUCCUUCCCUCGUCUCCGGACCUCCUCCUCUCGGUGCCUGAAACCCCCAACAGUCAGAUCAGGCUCUCCUCCCCCGAAGAGGAGGUGGCGUGUCGAUUGAAGUUCGGCCAGCUGUCCCCCGUCUGCCGCAGUCCCAGCUCUAAAGGUCCAAAACUAAGGCAUGUACUGACAAAGAAUGGAGAAAGAACCAAGAAAGAGCACCAAUCGUCUGGACCUUUGAAGAGACUCUUCAGUCCUCCUGAGGAAUCUCACAGUGCAAAAAGAGUGAAAAGUUCACCUAAACGUGUGAACAGCUCCACAGUUGGCAGCCUGAAGGUGGUGAAGCCUCUUACUGACCCUGUGAAGACCCCUCAGCUCUGCAGCGGCCAGCUGGAUGGCCCGUCUGAGAGUUUGGUGGGUCAGAGUCGAGGUAAAACAGAGGACCUGCCCAUCAGCAGAAACAUGGCUAUCGCCCACUCGACGGAUAAACAGAGAGAACUUCGAGAAGAAGAUGCAGAAUGUGGUUUUACUGUGAUAACAGAGCUGAAAGCAGCUGAGCCACAAACCAGCAAAGACCUGCAGAGCUGCCCGGAUAAGAACAUUUCUACUGUCACCACUUGUGCAGCCAAGCAUGGAUCCGGAGGAGAGCAUGUCCUGAAGGGAAAAGAAACCACAAAAACCCUAGAAACAGAUGGAGACGGGGGCAACAAGACCUCUUCAGAUCAGGAGCACACUACAGGAGUGACGCCUGCGUGUCCCAUAGAAGACGGKUUUGACGAGAGCUGGUUUACAGAGCAAAUGGACGAUAAAGAAGACCUCGAGGAGAAACCUAUAAAACCUCUUAAGGUACCAGACCACGUGAUUCUUUCUGGGGGCCUGAACAACCGUUAUCUGGUUGUGGACGUAGAGGAGAGACCCGGGUACAAAACCCUGAUCAUCUCCUGCUCCAAGUCUCUGCAUCUAACUGAGACGUGUCUGCUGAAAGAUGGAUGGGAGACUACGCCGGUCUGUCGAGGUGAUGUGGUCCAUCUGGAGGGUCUCCCUGAAGGUGGAACCUGGUUAGUUGACAGGGAGCAGGGUUUCCUGGUUUUAUCGCCCGACAGCCUCGUCUCAGGAACGAGCAUCUCCAGCUCCAUCCGCUGCAUGAGGCGAGCCGUCCUGGGAGAUCUGUUCAAGAGUUUUGACGGUGGCUCCAAGCAAAUGCUCAACGGCACCAUGGUCCACGAAGUCUUCCAGAGAGCAGCUGCAGCUAAAGAUUUUUCUUUGCAGAAACUUUCCACGCUGACUGAAGACGCCCUGCACAGUCCUCGUUACCUUGGAGACAUGUACACUUUAGGUGUGAGUCAGGAAGAAAUGAGGCAAGAACUGAAUGAAUAUCUGCCCUCACUUGAACACUGGGCUAAUGAAUACCUCUGCUCCUCAACGCCAAAACCAAUCAGUCUGAAAACUCCCAGGAACAGCAGAGCUCCGAGCAGAAACCAGGACUCCACUAUGGUUUUCACGGUGACGGAGUUGGUGGAUAUAGAGGAGAACAUCUGGUCCCCCAGGUUUGGCCUCAAAGGGAAAAUUGACGUGACRGCAAAAGUUCGAAUCCAGAGUCCGCGAAACCGCAGCCUCUUGCCUCMCGUAGAGAAAACUGUUCCUCUGGAGCUAAAAACUGGAAGAGAGUCRAACUCUAUAGAACAUCGCAGUCAGGUGAUUCUUUAUACUCUGAUGAGCAUGGAACGAUACAGUCCUGACGUCGGCCUGCUGCUUUAUCUCAAGACUGGUAACGUGCAUCCUGUAGCAGCCAGCCACAUGGACCACCGAGAGUUGCUGAAACUGAGGAACACUUUGGUUCAUCACAUCAACUACUGUGUGAAGAAAUCUGCAGACCAGAGUCGCCUCUCCAAACUCCCUGAGAUUCUGACAGACAGGCAACCCUGCAAGUACUGCCCACAAAGGCUGAACUGUGCUUUAUACCAGAGAGUGGUGGACGUGAGCUCUGCAGAUGUCACUGAGGAGGUUGUUCRUACCUUCCUACAGCAGGAGACCGCUCACCUGACUCUGUCACACCUCAACUACUUUUCUCACUGGCUGCUGCUCUGCUGUCUGGAGGCGUCGACCAUGGAAGCCCGAAACGGCAGGAAGCGAGUUUGGCUGCAGUCGGUUGAAGAGAGUGAGAAGAGCGGCAGCUGUGUGGGGAAUCUGAAGCUCAGCGGCCCGGUGACUCUGCAGUCUGAAGGCGUCUUCUUCCAUCGCUUCCUGCGCUGUGAUGUUGCUCCAUCCCAGGGCCUGACCAGCUGUGGUCUGACCAGCGGGGACCGCGUUGCCGUCAGCGGCCAGGAAAGUCGUUUUACCGGCCUGGCGACAGGACACCUCUGUGAGGUCAACAGAUCGUCAGUCAGCUGCACUCUGGACAGAGAUCUGUCAAAGUUCAGCCACGUGUUGUUCCGAGUGGACGGCGACGGAGGGGUGGGCCUCGGCACUCACCUCAGUAAUCUCUCCAGACUUAUGGAGAACUGCCAGGACAGCGAGCGUCUCAGGGAGCUGGUUGUUGACCUUCGACUUCCUGAGUUUAUCACCACCCUGAGUUCUGUUCUGCCCAUAGAGGCUAAAGACACGGUGGCCAACAUCCUCAAAGGUCUCAACAGACCCCAGAAACAGGCCAUGAAGAAGGUGCUGUUAUCUAAAGACUACACUCUGAUUGUUGGGAUGCCUGGCACCGGCAAAACCACCACCAUCUGCACCCUGGUCCGGAUUCUGCACGCGUGUGGGCAUAGUGUGUUGCUGACCAGUUACACUCACUCUGCUGUUGACAACAUCCUGCUGAAGCUGAAACGUUUCCGGGUCGGCUUUCUGCGUCUGGGACAAGGCCAGAAGGUUCAUCCUGACAUCCAGCCGUACACAGAGGAAAGCAUGAGGAAGCAGGGCAUUCACACUCUGUCAGAGCUGGAGCAGCUUUAUAAUAAAGAACUGGUCGUAGCCACCACCUGUAUGGGCAUCAAGCACCCGAUCUUCACACGCCGACGUUUUGACUUCUGCAUCGUAGACGAGGCGUCGCAGAUCAGCCAGCCCAUCUGUCUCGGACCACUUUUCUUUGCCAGGAGAUUCGUUCUGGUGGGAGACCAUCAGCAGCUGCCGCCCAUCGUUCAAAACCAGGAAGCAAAGUCGCUCGGGAUGGAUGAAAGUCUGUUUAAACGCCUGGAGCUCCACAGUGAGGCGGUGGUUCAACUUAAUGUGCAGUAUCGGAUGAACAGACAGAUAAUGUCUUUGAGUAACUCUCUGAUGUACGACGGGCGGUUAGAGUGUGGAUCAGAGCGGACGGCCACAGCUCUGCUCACGCUGCCCUUCCUGCUCUCCGUCCAGUCUGAGCUGGAUUCUUACACUCAGUCCUGCCCUGACCUGGACUUGUCCUGGAUACAGGCCACACUGCAGCCUAGCAAUCCUGUCUGCUUCCUGGACUGCUCACUGGUCCCGGCUCUGGAGUCGAUGGAGCAGGGAGGCGUGAGCAAUCGCACGGAAGCUGCGCUCAUACACAUGCUGCUUUCUCUUCUGAUAAAGGCUGGGUGUAAGCCCAGSGAUGUUGGCGUCAUCGCGCCCUACAGGCAGCAGUUAAAGAGCAUCUCUGCUCUGCUGCAGCCUCCUGCGUUCACCGGUGUGGAGGUGAACACUGUGGACCGGUACCAGGGACGAGACAAGAGUUUGAUUAUUCUGUCGUUUGUCAGGAGCACCGCGGAGGAAGGAAACUUGGGGGAGUUGUUGAAGGAUUGGCGUCGCCUGAAUGUGGCCAUCACCAGAGCUAAGCACAAGCUGCUGAUGGUGGGCUCGGCCACAACGCUGCGACGCUACUCACCUGUGGAGAAGUUACUCAACCACCUGCAGCAGGACAACAUGAUAAUCCAGCUCCCACCAGCUGCCCACAAGGCCUUACCCAGCAUGCCCCUGUAAAAGAAGUCACACUCCACCGGUCACAUGUUGGUCUCACAGUGAAGCUGAGGUUCUUUUAUGGAUUGUCUAAAUAAGAUAAAAUGUUUAAAAAAAAUUAGAAUAAUUACUAAAUCGCCAGGAGGCCUUUUAAAGACUAGAAUAAUUUUAAAUUGGCACAAAAACGAAACAAAACGCAUCAGAGCAAAUUUAAUUUUGUUUCAUAAAACUAAAAUAUUUCAAAUAAUCUCUGAGCCAUUCCAUGUUAAAAAGGUACUUAAAAUAAUUAUCCAUCUUCUGUAGUCUCGUUCAAAACUCAUCUUUUUGCUUCCUUUGUUUUUAUCAGGUGUGAAACUUCAGCCUCAUGUUGUUAAUGGUUUUUUUUAUUAUCAAAGUGCUUCAGUUUUAAAUUUGCCAUUUCAUGACGCAAAACAAGCUACUGAUUUUCAAAACAAAAGAAAAGUUUUAUUAAAUUUAACUGUUUAAAUGACACUGAUCAACUAGAGCUGGCUCAAUGCACUGCAGGUAUUUUAGUUGUGAUUGAUACUUUCCUCACCKCAAACAUCAGUAAAAUUUAAACAACCUUUAAGUUAUUCUUACUUAGACCAGAUAAGCUCAUCAUUUUAAUGACUGUUUGUUUGAGUUGUAUGAAAAAGUCUAAACCAUUCAUUCCUCUGCCAGAAAUAUUUGUUUCCAAAUGUUUCCUCCACUUAAAGAACUUGGCUACUGUGCUUUGUAACAGAAGACURGAGUAUUUGUUACAUCAGGAACUGAACUGAAAUGUGUGCAUUACCACUUUGGUCUAAACCUGACCCUGUAAAAUAAACUUUAAUUAAAUAUAAUUUCUGUGAUUACAAGCUGGAAAAGCAGAAACUAAAGUGAAACCAGUUUGUGUAACUUUCCUUCUUUUCCAGAUCAACUGUGCAGCAAGUAAAACAUUUUGUAAUAAUUUCUAACAGAACAAUAACUGCAUUCCAAAUGUUGGUGUUUGAUUGUUUUGAUUCUCCAACUAGAAAGCUGUGAUUCCAUUUUUUGGUCUGUUUCUUCACAACCUUUUUUUUAUUAUUGUUUUUGAUAUUGUGACUGUUUUGUAGUUUAAUGUGAAUAAAUAAUAUUGAUCCAUAAAAUAAAGUGUGCUAUGUUCUUGUA